GGGACUGGCUGCUCGGAGCUGAACGCUGGUGUAUUUGGAUGCGAGGAAGAUGGCUACCGGUGGCAGAAGGAAGCAGAGGGAACGGUGGGCACUUUUGGACUAAAAACUGGGAAUGUGACAUAUGGAUUUACUCGUCGUGUCUCGCAUCGACAUACUUUACACAUUGGAGGCGAACAUUACUGUCCCAACCGACGUAUUUUGCUGUAAACGCUGCUCACUGGGCUGCCUUUGCCCUGACAAAGCCGCUCAAGAUGAACAUGGUGAAAAGGAUCAUGGGGCGGCCACGGCAGGAGGAGUGCAGCCCCCAGGACAACGCACUGGGCCUGAUGCACCUGCGGCGCCUCUUCUCCGAACUGUGCCAUCCACCUCGUCACAUGACCCAGAAGGAGCAGGAGGAGAAGCUCUACAUGAUGCUGCCUGUGUUUAACAGAGUGUUUGGGAACGCCCCACCAUGCACUAUGACAGAGAAGUUCUCCGACCUGCUUCAGUUCACCACCCAGGUGUCUCGACUGAUGGUGACGGAGAUCAGACGAAGAGCCUCCAAUAAAUCCACAGAGGCCGCCAGCCGAGCCAUCGUCCAGUUCUUGGAGGUGAAUCAAAGUGAGGAGGCGAGUCGUGGCUGGAUGCUUCUGACUACCAUCAACUUGUUGGCCUCAUCUGGACAAAAAACUGUCGACUGCAUGACGACCAUGUCGGUUCCCUCCACCCUGGUCAAAUGUCUGUACCUGUUCUUCGACUUACCCCACAUGGCUGAAGCUCCAAUAGGGUCCACUUCACAGCCGCCCCCACCACCGCUAUCCACAGCCACCCAGGAGAAGACCCCGGGCCAGGGCCAACCCCAGCCUGAGCUGCCUCUGGCCGACCGCAGGGCAUUGCUCCAGAAAGUCUUUGUCCAGAUCCUGGUGAAACUCUGCAACUUUGUGUCUCCGGCGGAGGAACUCGCCCAAAAAGACGACCUUCAGCUUCUGUUCAGUGCCAUCACUUCCUGGUGCCCCCCCCACAACCUGCCGUGGAGGAGGAGCGCUGGGGAAGUCCUCACCACCAUCUCCAGACAUGGCCUCAGUGUCAACGUGGUCAAAUAUAUACAUGAGAAGGAAUGCCUUGCCACUUGUGUUCAGAACAUGCAGCAGUCUGAUGACCUGUCACCGUUGGAGAUCGUGGAGAUGUUUGCUGGCCUCUCAUGCUUCCUCAAAGACUCCAGUGAUGUGUCCCAGACGCUGCUGGAUGAUUUCAGAAUGUGCCAGGGCUACGCCUUCCUCUCUGACCUCAUGCUCAGACUGGAACAAGCCAAGGAAGAUGAACCGAGGGAUGCACUGAAGGACCUGGUCAAUCUGGUCACAUGUCUGACAACGUACGGAGUGAUGGAGCUGAAACCGGCCGGUUUGACAACUGGAGCCCCUUUCCUGCUACCAGGCUUUGUACUCCCACAACCUUCUGGAAAAGGCCACACAGUUCGUAAUAUCCAAGCCUUUUCAGUGCUCCAGAAUGCCUUCCUUCGGGCAAAAACAAGCCGUUUGGCGUGCAUGCUCCUGGACGCCAUAGGAAACAUCUACGCAGCAGAGCCGGCCAACUACUUUAUCCUGGAGUCCCAACACACCUUGUCGCAGUUUGCCGAGCGAGUGGCCAAGCUCCCCGAAGCCCAGGCCAAGUACUUUGAGCUGCUGGAGUUCGUCGUCUUCAGCCUCAACUAUGUGCCGUGCAAAGAGCUGUUCAGCGUCAGCGUGCUGCUUAAAUCGAGCACGUCACAUGCCUGCAGCAUCACGGCUGUCCGCACGCUGCUGAAGCUGGCCCGUCAUGACCCGGUGUUCAGUGACGUGCUGCGGGAGGUGGGUCUGCUGGAGGUACUGGUCAAUCUGCUGCACAAGUACGCUGCCCUUCUCAAAGACCCAGCCUCACAACAGCAACCACACAACAACGACCAAGCUGACUCUAAAAACAACACAGUAGCAGAGGAACAGAAGCAGUUGGCCUGGCUGGUGAUGGAGACACUGACGGUGCUCCUCCAGGGAUCCAACACCACCAACACUAAUGCAGCUCUGUUCAGGGAGUUUGGUGGAGCUCGAUGCGUCCACAACAUUGUAAAGUACCGUCAGUGUCGGGAACAUGCCCUGCUCAUCAUCCAGCAGCUCGUCCUGUCGCCCAGUGGAGACGAUGACAUGGGCACCCUGCUGGGCCUCAUGCACUCUGCACCGUCUAGUGAACUGCAGCUGAAGACGGACAUCCUGAGGGCCUUGUUGGCAGUAUUGCGUGAAAGCCACAGAACCCGGACUGUUUUCCGUAAGGUGGGUGGUUUUGUGUAUGUGACGUCCCUGCUGGUGGCCAUGGAGCGCUCCUUAUGUCAGCCUCCGCGACACGGCUGGGAACGCAUCAACCAGAACCAAGUGUUCGAGCUUCUGCACACCGUCUUCUGCACGCUGACGGCCGCUAUGCGGUAUGAGCCGGCCAACUCGCACUUCUUCCGAACAGAGAUUCAGUAUGAGAAGCUGGCUGAUGCUGUAAGGCUGUUGGGCUGUUUUUCUGACACGAAGAAGCUGGGUCCCACUGGUGUGUUUCCGUCCAACGCUCAGCCUUUCCAGAGGCUGCUGGAGGAUGACGCCGCCCCCGGAGGCUUUGCCGGGGACAGCGUCUGUCCCACACUUAAACACUGCAGCAAACUCUUCAUCUACCUGUACAAGAUGGCUACUGACUCCUUUGACAGUCGUGCAGAGCAGGUGCCCCCCUGCGUGAGUCAUGAGACCUCACUGCCCUCCCCGUGGGGCACACCAGCACUUACCAGGAAGAGACAUGGUUACUACGGUACAUCAGGCCCUCCCGCCCCAGUCAAAGCUCUGACGGACCUCAAACUCCACCUGGCUAACUCCUCCCACCCUGCCCCCUCAUCAUCUUCAUCUGAUAUGGUGGUCAUCCACCCAGGGGCUGUCCUGUCCAUGUUAGACCUGCUGCCCUCCAUUGCAUCUGAGAGCCAGCCAGAGCAUGCUUUAGACCUGCAGCUGGCAGUGGCUAACAUCCUGCAGCUCCUAGUAAACAGUGAGAGGAACCAGCAGGUCCUGUGUGAAGCCUGCCUCCACCAACGGCUGCUCCAGCGCUGCAGUCAGGCCCUGGCUGAUGAAGACCACCCGCUGCAUCCCCCACUGCAGAGGAUGUUUGAGAGACUGGCUUCACAGGCCCUACAGCCAAUGGCACUCAGGGAGUUCCUGCGUCUGGGAAACCCUCUGAACUGUGGAGCCUGGGACAAGAAGUUACUGAAGCAGUACCGGGUCCACAAACCUAGCUCUCUGAGUUACGAUGCUGAGAUGAGAAACAGUAUGACCAUGUCCAUGGAGGGCUUUGGGCCUGACAGCGUGUUCACCACUCCGGCCGAGGACAACGGGCAGUACCGGAUCAGCCGCAGCCUUGUGCGAUCCGCUGAAGAUAGCACCGUGCCCCUGACCCGAGUCAAGUGCCUCGUAUCCAUGACGACGCCACAUGAUAUCCGCCUACACGGUUCUGCUGUCAUGCCUGCCUUUGUGGAGUUUGACACGUCACUGGAAGGCUUUGGGUGCUUGUUUCUGCCCAGCCUGGCGCCUCACAACGCUCCCACCAACAAUACCAACACCUCCGGCGUGAGCGAUGGGGCAGUGCUUAGCGGCAUGGGAACAGGAGAGCGAAUCUUUCCACCUCCAUCAGGUCUGAGCUACUCCACCUGGUUCUGUGUGGAGCGUUUCAGUGCCCUCCCCCACGCCCACCCUGUGAGGCUGCUCACCGUGGUCCGCCGGGCCAACUCUUCAGAGCAGCAUUACGUCUGUCUGUCUGUGGUUCUGUUAGGAAAAGACCGGUCACUCACCGUGUCCACUAAGGAGGAGCUGUUACAGACCUACUCAGCUGACGAGUCCAGUGAAGAGGCCUCCUUCUAUGAGAUCCUACCCUGCUGUGCUCGGUUCCGCUGUGGUGAGCUGAUCGGAGAGGGCCAGUGGCACCACCUGGUGUUGGUCAUGAGCAAAGGCAUGCUCAAGAACAGCAUGGCUACGCUGUACAUUGACGGCCAACUUAUCAAUACUGUCAAGCUUCACUACAUCCACAGUUCACCGGGGGGCUCAGGGUCCACCAACCCCCCUGUGGUGAGCACUGUGUACGGGUAUGUGGGGACGCCUCCGGCUCAGCGCCAGCUCUCCAGCCUGGUGUGGCGUUUGGGACCCAGCCACUUCCUGGAGGAGGUCCUGCCAGCCUCCAGUGUGGCAGCCAUCUAUGAACUGGGACCAAACUACAUGGGCAGCUUCCAGGCCAUUUACCUUCCCUGUAAAGAUUCCAAGGCUGAGGUGGCCCCUCCCUCCCCAGUGGCCUUGGUACCAGAGGAGAAGGUCUCCUUCAGUCUUUACGCCUUCUCUGUCUCCACACUGACUGUGGCCAAGAUCAGAAAAGUCUACAACAAACUGGACAGUAAAGCCAUUGCCAAACAGCUGGCCGUGUCUUCACAUGAAAAUGCCACUCCAGUGAAGUUGGUCCAUAAUGCUGCAGGACACCUGAAUGGACCAGCACGUACCAUCGGAGCUGCUGUCAUUGGAUAUUUAGGUGUUCGUGCCUUCGUGCCCAAACCUGUGGCCACAAAUCUGCAAUAUGUGGGCGGAGCUGCAGCUAUCUUAGGCCUGGUUGCCAUGGCGUCUGAUGUGGAGGGACUGUAUGCAGCUGUCAAAGCUCUGGUGUGUGUUGUGAAGAGUAAUCCGUUAGCGAGUAAGGAGAUGGAGCGAAUCAAAGGCUACCAGUUGCUGGCCAUGCUGCUGAAGAAGAAGCGCUCGCUGCUCAACAGCCACAUCCUGCAUCUGACCUUCUCACUGGUGGGAACGGUCGACAGCGGCCACGAAACCUCCAUUAUUCCAAACUCCACUGCUUUUCAGGACUUGCUCUGUGACUUUGAGGUGUGGCUCCACGCUCCCUACGAGCUCCAUCUGUCUCUGUUUGAGCAUUUCAUCGAACUGCUGACGGAAUCCAGUGAAGCGGCUAAAAAUGCCAAACUGCUCCGAGAGUUUCAGCUGAUUCCCAGACUGUUACUGACCCUGAGGGACACCUCUCUGUCACAGCCCACUGUCGCCGCCAUCAGUAACGUCCUCAGUCUGCUGCUGCAGGGUUUCCCCAGCCCCUACGACCUUUUACGAUUUGGCCAGUUUAUUUCCUCCACUCUCCCUACCUUUGCUGUAUGUGAGAAGUUUGUUGUCAUGGAAAUCAAUAAUGAGGAGAAGAUCGAUGCAGGCAUUGAUGAUGACUUUGGCGGCCUCCUGUCAGCCAAUCUCAUUCUAUUGAGAAACAGAUUGCUGGACAACCUGCUCCGACUGCUCUUCACCACCAAGGAGAAGUGCACUGUUAACGCCCAAGCCUGUGAGGAGCUAGUUCGGACGCUGGGCUUUGAUUGGCUGCUGAUGUUCAUGGAGGAACACCUCCACUCCAGCACGGUGACGGCGGCCCUGUGGAUCCUGGUCAUCCUUCUGUCCAACCAGCCCAUCUUGAACCGCUUUAAAGAGGGUCUGUGUGGGGGGGGCUGGCUGGAUCACACUGACUCUGUGCUUACCAACAAGAUCGGCACAGUGCUGGGCUUCAACGUGGGCCGCAGUGCAGGCGGUCGCUCCACGCUGCGUGAGAUCAACCGUGAUGCUUGCCAUUUCCCAGGGUUCCCUGUGCUGCAGACGCUGCUGCCCAAACACACCAACGUGCCAGAGCUGUACUUCCUGCUCAUGGCUCUGUUCCUGCAGCAGCCGGUUACAGAGCUGCCGGACAGCCUGCAGGUACAUUUUGACCUGGACUCCAUUUGGACGUUCAUCUUUGGGAUGCCAGCCUCCAGUGGGACGGUGCUGGGCUCCAUCCACAGCGUGUGCACUGAGGCUGCCUUCCUCCUCUUGGCUAUGCUGCGAAGCAUGCUAAACCUGCCCUGGCAGUCUGAGGAGGAGGGGUCUUGGCUCAGGGAGUACCCAGUCACACUGAUGCAGUUCUUCAGAUAUCUGUACCACAACGUGCCCGACCUCACCCUGAUGUGGAACAGCCCUGAGUUCCUCUGUGCUCUGGCAGCAACUGUGUUCCCCUUCAACAUUCGACCCUACUCUGAGAUGGUCAGUGACUUGGACGAUGAGGCAGGUUCUCCCACAGAGGAGUUUAAGGCGUUUGCUGGUGACUCUGGUAUGAAUCGCAGCCAGUCUGAAUACUGCAACGUUGGCUCCAAGACGUCCCUGACCAACCAUCCAGCCAAAAAGUAUGUGUUUGACUUCAUGAGGGUUCUGAUCAUGGACAACCUGUGUAUGACCCCGGCCAGUAAACAGACCCCCAUCAUCGACCUGCUGCUGGAGGCUUCCCCAGAGCGUUCCACUAGGACUCAGCAGAAGGAGUUCCAGUCCAACAUCCUGGACGGUGUCAUGGAGCAUCUGCUGGCGGCUGAUGUUCUACUAGGUGAAGAUGCCUCCUUGCCUCUCAGCAGCGGAGGAAGUUACCAGAUUCUGGUCAACAAUGUGUUUUACUUCACCCAGCGUGUGGUGGACAAACUGUGGCAGGGCAUGUUCAACAAGGACUCCAAACUAGUAGUGGACUUCAUUGUUCAGCUCAUUGGACAGUCUAAGCGGCGUUCUCAGGGUCUGUCCUUGGACACCAUCUACCACUGUCUGAACCGGACCGUGCUCUACCAGCUCUGUCGACCACAUAAGACGGUAGCUCAGCAGGUGGCUCUGCUCGAUGCCCUGCGGGUCCUGACCGUCAACCGCAACCUGGUAUUGGGCCCGGGGAACCACGACCAGGACUUUGUGGCCUGCCUUGCGCACUGUUUCAUCUGCCUGCACAGCGGGAGCAGUGUGGAGGGCUUCGGUCUGGAGGCCGAGGCCAGAAUGACCACCUGGCACGUCAUGAUGCCCUCAGAGAACGAAGCCGACUCUAUGCACAGCCAUGAAGUCAGCGAGGGGAGACAGCUGCUGCUAAAGGCUGUAAAUCGUGUUUGGACGGAGUUGAUGCACAGUAAACGGCAGAUGCUGGAAGACAUUUUUAAAGUCUCCCUGCCCUGCAACGACAGAGGACAUGUGGACAUCAGCACAGCCAGGCCUGCUUUGGAGGAGCCAGCACUGAAGAGCUGGCAGACACACCUCGCCCAUGAGAGGAAAUGUAUCAGUCGUGGUGAAGCAGUGGUUCCAGCAACACAGUCCAAACUGUCCAGAGUCAGCAGCGGGUUUGGACUGUCCAAACUGACCGGGGUCCGUCGCAACAAGAAGGAGAAUAGCCUGAACAAGAACAGUCUGUCUGCACAGGAGACCUUUCAGUGGAUGUUCACCCACAUUGCUGUUGUUCGUGAUCUGGUGGCCAUGCAGUACAAAGAAUAUCAAGAGCGGCAGCAAAACGCCCUGAAGUACGUGACUGAGGAGUGGUCAUCCAACGAGUACGAGCUGCUGCGAGAGCGGGGUCUCUGGGGCCCCCCCAUCGGCUCACACCUGGACAAGUUUGUGCUGGAGAUGACAGAGGGGCCCUGCAGGAUGAGGAAGAAGAUGGUCCGCAAUGACAUGUUCUACAUCCACUACCCGUACAUCCCCGAAACUGAGACAAACACCAACUCUGCACAGAAACCCUUGCGUUACCGACGAGCCAUCAGCUACGACAGUAAAGAGUACUAUAUGCGCCUGUUGUCCGGAAACCCGGGCAUGUACCAACACUCAGUAGAGCACAGCACCGAAGGAGAAACAACGCAGCACGAGCCUGAGCAUGGAGAGGACACCAUCGCCAGAGUCAAAGGUUUGGUAAAAGCUCCUCUGAAGAGGUCUCGGUCCACGGCGGACGGAGCUGAUGAGGACAGUCAAGAUCAAAUCCAGGAGCAGCUUCUGGAGUCUGGAGGUCCAGAGGAGGAGCAGAGGACCGACAACACGUCACUGCUGCGUCUGCUGGAAGAAGGAGAGAAGAUCCAGCACAUGUACCGCUGUGCCCGUGUUCAGGGACUGGACACUAGUGAGGGUCUGCUGCUGUUCGGGAAGGAGCAUUUCUAUGUCAUUGACGGCUACACCAUGACCAUGUCCAGAGAGAUCAGAGACAUCGACACACUGCCCCCCAAUUUACACGAGGCCAUCAUUCCAAGAGGAGCAAGACAAGGCCAAAGUCAGCUGAAGAGAACCUGCAGCAUCUUUGCUUAUGAAGAUAUUAAGGAAGUGCAUAAGAGACGGUACCUGCUGCAGCCCAUGGCAGUGGAGGUCUUCUCAGCAGAUGGGAGGAACUACUUAUUAGCCUUCCAGAAGGGAGUUCGCAACAAAGUUUACCAAAGGUUUUUGGCUGUGGUGCCUUCACUUGCAGACAGCUCCGAGUCAGUUUCUGGCCAGAGACCCAACACCAGUGUCGAGCAAGGAUCUGGUCUUCUCAGCACACUGGUCGGUGAGAAAUCUGUCACUCAGAGAUGGGAGCGAGGAGAGAUCAGUAACUUCCAGUACCUGAUGCAUCUGAACACGCUGGCAGGACGUUCCUACAAUGACCUGAUGCAGUACCCCGUCUUCCCCUGGAUCCUGGCCGACUAUGACUCAGAGGAGCUGGACUUGAACAACGCCAAAACUUUCCGGAACCUGGCCAAACCCAUGGGCGCCCAAACUGACGACAGGCUGACACAGUACAAGAAGAGAUACAAAGACUGGGAGGACCCCAACGGUGAAACGCCAGCAUACCACUACGGCACACACUACUCCUCAGCCAUGAUUGUCGCCUCUUAUCUGGUCCGGAUGGAGCCCUUCACGCAGAUUUUCCUUCGACUUCAGGGAGGACAUUUCGACCUGGCCGACAGGAUGUUCCACAGUGUGCGUGAAGCCUGGCUCUCUGCCUCCAAACACAACAUGGCCGACGUCAAAGAGCUCAUCCCAGAGUUCUUCUACCUGCCCGAGUUCUUACUCAACUCCAACAACUUUGACCUGGGUGCAAAGCAGAAUGGCACUAAGCUGGGUGAUGUUCUCCUGCCUCCCUGGGCCAAAGGGGACCCCCGCGAGUUCAUCCGAGUCCACAGAGAAGCGUUGGAGUGUGACUAUGUUUCAUCACACCUCCAUGAAUGGAUCGACCUGAUUUUCGGCUACAAACAGCAGGGCCCGCCGGCUGUGGAGGCCGUUAACGUCUUUCAUCACCUGUUCUACGAAGGUCAGGUGGACAUUUAUAACAUCAACGACCCCCUGAAGGAGACGGCCACCAUCGGCUUCAUCAACAACUUCGGACAGAUCCCCAAACAGUUGUUUAAAAAGCCUCAUCCACCCAAACGGGUUCGCAGUAAAGCCAACGGUGACAUAGCCAGCAUUCCUCCCAGCUCCAGCACUGACAAGAUCUUCUUCCAUCAUCUCGACAAUCUCAGACCUUCUCUUGCACCGGUCAAAGAACUCAAGGAACCUGUGGGACAGAUUGUUUGCACUGACAAGGGAAUUCUUGCCGUGGAACAAAAUAAAGUUCUGGUUCCUCCCACCUGGAGCAAGACUUUCGCCUGGGGCUACGCUGACCUCAGCUGUCGCCUAGCUAACUAUGAAUCCGAUAAGGCCUUAGUGGUGUAUGAGUGUCUAUCAGAGUGGGGUCAGAUCCUGUGUGCCAUCUGCCCCAACCCAAAGCUGGUCAUCACCGGAGGAACCAGCACCGCCAUCUGUGUUUGGGAGACGGGAACGUCCAAGGAGAGAGCCAAGACACUAGCGCUCAAACAGGCAUUGCUGGGACACACCGACGCUGUGACGUGUCUGACGGCGUCAUCAGCAUAUCACAUCGUUGUGAGCGGGUCACGGGACCGAACCUGCAUCAUCUGGGAUCUCAAUAAGCUGUCAUUUGUCACCCAGCUCAGGGGCCACCGGGCCCCCGUCUCUGCUCUGUGCAUCAAUGAGCUGACGGGGGAUAUCGUAUCCUGUGCAGGUACAUAUAUCCAUGUAUGGAGCAUUAAUGGCAGCCCCAUCGCCAGCGCCAACACGUUUACUGGUCGAAGUCAGCAGAUCCUCUGCUGUUGUGUGUCUGAGAUGAACGAAUGGGACACACAAAACGUUAUCGUCACCGGACACUCGGAUGGCGUUGUCAGGUUCUGGAGGAUGGAGUUCCUCCAGGUCCCAGAAACCCCUGCUCCAGAGCCAGUAGAGCCAGAUGUGCCCGACUGCUGUGGGGAGGAGAAGAUUGAGGGUGGUGAAAGUCACAAUGGUGAUGAAGAUAGCAGUGAGUCCGACGGGGAUGAGCCCAGUCUGAGUCAGGAGCCCAAGACCCCCCGGAACCCUUCAACAGGGGGGGGCAGCCAGCCCGGCAGCACCGUCCACAGACCCAGAGGUCAUUCUGGCAGAGCAGGAGCAUCGUGGUCAAUGGACAGCAGCUCCGACGACUCCCACCGCUGGUCCGACACCCUCAGCAUUGACGAGAAGGACGGCUUUGUGUUUGUUAACUACUCUGAGGGCCAGUUGAAGGGCCCCCACCCCAGUGUGAGUCACCCAGGCCAGGGCUCCAUGCCUCAGCCCCUGCAACCUUCGGGCAUGGAAGCCCGGACGUAUAACCAGCUCCGAGCAGGCUACAGAUGGGAGCGCCAGCUGGUCUUCAGGAGUAAACUCACCAUGCACACAGCAUUUGAUCGAAAGGACAACGCUCACCCGGCAGAGAUCACCUCACUCGCCAUCUCCAAGGACCACAGUAAGAUCCUGGUGGGCGACGGUCGCGGUCGAGUGUUCAGUUGGUCGGUGAGUGACCAGCCGGGCCGGUCGGCCGCUGACCACUGGGUGAAGGACGAGGUGGUGGACAGCUGCUCCGGCUGCACCGUCCGCUUCUCCCUCACAGAGAGACGCCACCACUGCAGGAACUGUGGACAGCUCUUCUGUCAGAAGUGCAGUCGUUUCCAGUCGGAGAUCAAGCGGCUGAAGAUCUCAUCCCCCGUUCGCGUCUGUCAGAACUGUUACUACAACCUGCAGCAUGAGCGCAGUGCGGAGGACGGCUGCAGAAACUAAGACUCCGCCCUCUGUCUGAGGACUCCGCCCCCUGUGGGGCCUCCUCUCAUCUGCCUUGGAUGUCUCCGCCUUCAUGUCGCCAUGGAAACCCCUCCCUGUAUCCUCUGUUUGCCUGCUCACCUGUACUGUAACAGGAAUGAGCGGCGUCACCGCAGCAGGAAAAAGAAAAAAAAAAGAAAUGAAGAUCAAUCACUACUUUUACGCCUGGAGGAGAAAAAAAAACAACAACCAUCCAUGAUGGAGUCAAUCAGCUGCCAUUUCGCUUCAAGAUCAAGAACAGGGAAUCUCACCACGAACGGAAAACAAACUUGUUGAUAUUGUAAAUAUGUCCCAUGGCCUUUUUAACUCUGAGGGAAGCCAACAGAACAAAACAUAAGGUCAAUGAGAAAAACCAUCAAAUAGCCUGUAAUAUAGCGUUGUGACUAACCACUCCUGGCUUUAAAAAACCCAACUGAUUGUGUGUAGUCUGAAAACCACGCAGGGGAGGAAAGGAUGUGAAUGUUACGAUUCUGUCUUUGACAAGAGUUUAUCUGUACGUCUAGUUAUGCAAAACACUCACUCUGUUUCAUUUCCUCCAUGUUUUUUUUGGUUGUUUACAGACAUCGGAUUAAUUUAGUGCGUAUUGCCAUCACUGUCACAGAGAUUCUAGCACAAUGUUACGUCCACGUCCUGCCAAGUUCAUUUGAUAUAUCAGUAAGUAAGUAUGAAGAUUUUUUUUAUUUCUCGUUUUUUUCCUUUUUUUAUUAAUUCCCAGAAGACUGGAAACAUUUCACAUUAAUUUUUUUAAAAAACCAUAUCAUGUCUUUGUCAGAGCAGAGAUUUUUAGUUUAUUAUCGUCUCAAGGGUUCAUGGUCUGUGGAAAGAAUAUAUAGAUGUACGAUGUUGCACAUGUACUUCCCAUCAUGCACCAGUCACAUAACAUUGAGUUACUGUACAGCAUUGGAGCAGCUUUCUGAAUGCACUCACAAAGGGAUACGUCAUAGAAACUGUAGGUUUUAUUUUGUUUUAGUGUUUCACUCUUAACCCUGCAGCGGUAUUACUGCACAUGUGCACUCCACACACUUUAUCGUCAUAGAAACGUUCACCCGCAGCAGCAGCAGCAGCAGCCGAGCACCGACCACCACAACUGGAAA